CCUGGCCUAAUGUCGUAAUCUGUUUUCCCAGGAAAGGAAAGAGACUUUUCUUCUGGCCAAGAUAAAAGACAUAAGAAGCCACUCAAGAAACAUCGACAGCCCUGCAGAGUCAAGUUCCUGAACAGGAAGAUAAAAUGGAGAGAGAUACCUCAAGAGAAAAUACAAGUGGCACCCUCUCAAGGACACACCGAUCUUUAGUACGUUUUCCAAGUACUGAAAAUUCAUAUAGCACAGCACUGCCGUUGUCACUGUCAUCCACCAGUGAAAUACCUCUCGGUUGCUAUCUGUCUAACUUUGAGAUUACUGGAAUAGCUCUAUCAGCAAGGGGAUCAAAGUCUUCUAAAUCAAUUACAGCGGAACACUCAGAUAUCAACUUGGAAAAAGUCAUAGCUCCAAAGAAGAAGACACUGUUGAUUACUACUUCUGAGCCACCUGUGUUGGGGCAAGGGGAGGAUUAUUUCCUAUCUUUGUUUUCCGCAUCAAAGAAACUUAUUAUACACUCAUUCGCUACCAGGAAAACUUGGAAGCACUUUUCUAUGAUUCUUGAAGAAGUGGGCCCAUCUAGAUCCAGUGCUUUUGGAGACAUUAAAAUAAUUGAAGUGAAUGAUUUAUUUGUGAAGCUCAUUAACUCUUCCCCUAACCAAGAACUGGAGAUUGGAAAUCACAUUCUCCAGCAAAAUAUCAAUGGAAAACCAGAUUCUCUGUACCAUUUUCCUCCCAAUAUCACAUUGCAGGCCAAUUCCACAGUAACAGUCUGGACAGCAGCAUCUGAAGGAAAGCAUCAACCACCAUCAGAUUUUCUUUGGAAGGAAAAAGAGAAGUUUAAAACCAGCCCAAAUUCUACAACCAUUCUGUGCAAACCUAAUGGUGAUGCCAUUGCCUGGUGCACUCCUAUUCACUGGAAGCAAGCAUGGGAGAAAUUAGAGACUGAUAUUGAAUUUCAGAGAUGCUCGGUAGUAAAUGCAGCAUCUCAAAAGCACAUGUUUCAUUGGCCAAAAGCUACAACUACAUCUAAAGAAACACUUGAUCAACUUUAUACUGACAUCGAAAACUACCAGAUGGAACAAAUUCCGGUUUUUCUUAAGAGAGAAAAAAAAAUCCCACCAACUCUUGUCAUGAGUCGUAGCCCUUGGUGCCACAGUCCCGACACCUCUGCACACCCCUACUGUCCUCUGAUCGAACCUCAAGACGUGAGUGGAAGCAGCUUAAAUGAUCUUCCCAAGUCUCAGUCAGCCCGGACUCAUGCAGACAUGGAAGCCCAGGAAUCUAUUAAAUUUGGUAAAAAAAUGUGUUCUACCGUCCUGUUUUCUGCGGGGAGAAUCAUAAAGACUCAUCACAUAUGAUCAAUAGAUGAGGACUCCCACUAGAAUGAGAAGAACACCACGACAGAUUUGAAGCUGUGAAUAAAGGCCCUACCUUGGUGAGUUAUAAUGAUUUUCAAACUUUAUUUAGCAGAGGAUUCUUUUUGAAAUGAAAUCUUGGGCAGAGUCCCAAUGUGUGAAAUGACCUGCCCAAGUGGAAGAGGAGGCAGCGAUUCCCAUUAUACCAUUCUUCUUCUUCUCUCCUUCCCUGUGAUCCCUGAGGCACCUUCCUAGGAUUGUAAUGUUCUGUAUACAACAGUAUGAAAACCAGUUCAUAUGCUAACAUUUUAUUGGGACACAGAACCCCAAAAUAAUACCUUUCAGAAGUGGAAUGGUGUAAAUUUUGUAAAUUUUAUCCCAUUUCAUAAAAUUAAGUAUUCCAUAUCUUCAUUGCCUGAAUCCCUUCAUAUAUAAAGAGAUUUUGGUCUGAAAUGUAAAGAGUUCUUUCAGCAAUAAGUC